UUUUAUGGCGACCUUCGAUAAACUGGGCAAAGUGUGUGAUUAAGUGAGAGAUGAGCUUUAUCCAUGUGCUCGUAAUCAUUAAAUGAGUUUUGUAGUGUUAUCACGCAUGCUGCUGAGUGUUUCCUCAAGGAAAUCGGAAUUUUGAUAUUGUGAAGAGAAAAUUAUUAUUUUAGCCUGAUGUUCUUAGCAAAUGUACUCAUGGGUUUAUCAGCUGUAACCAAAACAGUUCUCCUUGCUACUGUGGGAUUGCUGCUUGCACUGAGUGGACUGUGUUCUUACCUUUUGUUCCCGCGUAUAUUGCAGUGGCAAGUUGAGGAGAAUUUAAUUUUAUCACCUGAAGCUGAGCCAUAUGAGUAUUGGAGAGUGAUUCCUGUACCUAUAUAUGCAAGAUUUUAUUUCUUUAAUGUGACUAAUGCCAAAGAUGUUGUUCAAAAUAAUGCAAAGCCAUAUCUUCAAGAGCUUGGGCCAUAUACAUUUAGAGAAACACGAGAAAAAAUUAAUAUCACGUGGCAUGAUAAUGGAACUGUUUCUUAUUAUCAAAUAAAAAGAUGGUUUUUUGAGCCAAAUUUAACUACCGGCUCAUUAGAUGAUUUGGUAACAACAGUCAAUGUACCAUUAGUGACUGCUGUAAAUCAAGGCCUGCUGUCUGGAGACCCAUUUUAUUUGGGUGCCAUUAACCAAGUCUUGCAGCAUACAAAAAGCCCAGUCUUUGUAGAAAAGACUGUUCGAAGUUUGUUAUUUGAUGGAUAUGAGGAAGACAUAUUCAUGACUGUGAAAGAUAUGGGGAUUGAGAUUCCUUAUGAGAAGUUUGGAUGGUUCUUUGGUAAAAAUAAUAGUCAUGAUGGUGUUUAUACAAUAUUUACUGGCAAAUCUAAUGUUGGAAAAUAUGGAUAUGUUGAUAAGUGGAAUGGCAACAGUUUACUGAAGGGGAGGCAUUAUCCUUGUGACAUUAUUGAUGGAACAGCUGGAGAUAUGUGGCCUCCAUUCAGGAAUAAUAAACAUCAGAAGUUACAUCUUUUUGUUGCUGAUAUAUGUAGCACACUCCAUUUGAGUUAUCUAAAAGAAGUAGAAGAAAAUGAAAUUGAGUCGUACAGAUACUGGUUAGAUGAAACAGCAUUUGACAAUGGCAAAUAUGAGAAAGAUAAUUCAUGCCAGUGCAGGGACUUUUGCUUGCCAGCUGGAGCCUUAGAUAUUCAAGAUUGUCAACAUGGUUCACCAGCUGUUGUAUCUUUUCCACACUUCCUUUAUUCUGAUCACUCUUAUCAAGAAAAAGUAGAUGGUCUAAAGCCAAAUCCGAACCUGCAUGCAUUUAUAAUUGAUCUAGAACCUAAAUUAGGUAUUCCUGUGAAUGUGAAUGCUCAACUUCAGAUAAAUGUAGCCAUUCCAAAAUGAUGAAGUUGAG